UUGCCGAUUGAUAGCGAUUGCAUUGCGAUAUAGCCAUAAAUUCAUUAUUAUAAGUUAUAAAUUAAACUCAAGUUACAGCUAAUGAUUACCUACAUUCCUUGACUUAGUCUUUAUUCAUCAGUAUUAAUCUGUGAAAUCCUCCAUCAUGGGUCUGCUAUCAGACCCGGAGUACGGUUCAGUGAAAUGGGUAAAAGUGCUCAAAAGAAUCCACAGGCCUCUUUGUUUCCUAUGCUAUUUUGCAGCUAUUGCAUGGUUCUUCAUGCUAGGUAAUAAGGAAUUCAACAAUGAGACGUAUUUUUCCGAAAAUGCGCUGCUACCUGGUUUAGUGACGAACGAGUUUAAUGCUGAGCAAGACGCGAAGCACUAUUACAAUGAGCUCAAUCAGGAAUUGGCGGACAAGUACUCCGACACAGAUGAAAUACCAGUCCCAUGGCUGGUGGCCAAGAUGUCCCAAUUGCAUCUGGAGGUCCAUACGCAUAACUUCACCCUGGAGUUUCCUUUGGGAGGGAAACAGAUUUUCAAAGGUGUGAAUGUCUACGGCAUACUCAGAGCACCACGGACUUCUUCCCAUGAGGCUAUAGUAGUGACAGCACCUCACAGAUCCAUAUCGUCACACCAUAAAGGAACGACCGCUGGCAUUGCUUUGAUGCUGGCCUUCGCAAAGUUUGCUAGACCUCAAAAAUACUGGGCCAAAGACAUAAUUUUCCUCGUCACGGAACACGAACAACUUGGAAUGCAAGCGUGGCUAGAAGCGUACCACGGCCUGAACAACAACGCUGAGACGUUUUACACCAGUCUUGGUAGCUUCUGGCGUCCUAGUGUUGCAACUUGGGCCUAUGAAAAACUGGGUAAUAUACUCCACUGGACGAACAAUAAAAAGUGUUUGGAUCCGGGAAAGUUAAAAGCUAGGUCGGGUUCCAUACAAGCUGCUAUCAAUUUGGAGUUCCACACGCCUAAUAUAAAGUACAUAGAGGUCAAAGUUGAAGGACUUAAUGGACAGCUGCCAAACCUUGAUCUAGUCAACUUAGUGCACAAACUGUGUGUGAAGUCUGGAAUACACCACUCUUAUAAACAUAGUUAUUCAUGGAUCCGGAACCGCGACAAAAUGGCCGAUUGGAAGAACAGCAUAAAAACCAUGCUGUCGAUGGUUUUCACGCAGAUUAUUGGGGUACCAACCGGCAACCAUGGUCUCUUCCAUCGUUUUGGAAUCGAAGCCGUGACCUUAGAAGGUCGUGAUGCCGGCGACCCAGCCGGUGUGCCACCCAAAGUGAACGUUCUUACUUCUGCCAACUUCUACCGACUGGCAGUGCCGCUAGAGAGUGUGUUGCGAUCGCUGAACAAUCUUCUAGAGCGAUUCCACCAGAGUUACUUCUUUUACUUGCUAGCAGCCACCAACAGGUUUAUUUCUAUAGGUCAAUACAUGCCCUGUCUCUGUCUACUCUGUGUGGCGAUGCUAGUGCGCGCUCUUUCCCUCUGGGUGACGAUCCAACAAGAUGGCGGCGACGGCACACAGAGCGAGACGCAAUCCGAGACGGAAGAUAGCGAGUGGAGCACUGAAGGGAGCAGCGAUAGCGAUGUGCCGGUGGGGCAGAAUCAGGAACUGAGGUUGAGGAAGAAGAACAACAAAUUGGAGAAGAAGAAAAAAGAUACGAACCUCCUCCACGAAUCGCCAAAGAAAGAGAAACCAUCUCCCAAGAAGAAGCGUUCCAAGCUGAGCAUAGUCAAAGUGGGGAAGAACUUCCUCAUUCUUCAUCUGCUGGGAUAUGCUGUGAUGCAGUCGCCUCCGCUGUUCACUUUCAUUGGCCGCAGAUUCUUCGACCAGUUCUCCGAGCGUUCGCUCUACUACGGCUUGUUCGCGGCCGCCAUGUUUUUAUCCGGCUACACUUUGACCAUUCCCUUCGCCAUGACUCGCGAGGAAAUGGUCCUGACCAAUAUCCUGGCUUUGGUGGAGUUGGCCACGGUGUGUUUGGCCGUGGGCAUGCAUAACUUUUCGCUGGGACUGGCCAUCGCUGUGAUGUAUACUCCGUUGGCGUUGUGGGCUAAGGCGUCGAAGAUUGGAGAGACUAAGAUGUUCACCAUAUCCUACGUCCUCAAGAUAGUGAUGACCAUAUUCCUACACCCGUACUGGUUCGUGACCAUCAACAUGAUAUCCUACAGCCACAUACUGUUCCCGGAGGAAGGCAUAUUCGACAUGGUCAGUCGGGGGACGGACGCUGCCUCGCAGGCUAUUAUGUUUGCUGUUACGGACUCUUUGAUCUACGGUAACUGGCUGUUCAACGUGGUAACAACAACUAUUCUGCCCACUUGGUUCAUGUUCUGGCAACUGACGGUGUACAACGUGGUACAAUUCAGCGACUAAAUCAUUCCAAAGACUGUAUCUGUUUAAUUUGUUAAAUAAAUUAAUGGAUUUUGUAAUAUUUGUGUUGUAUUUUCAUAGACGUUUUAUUCAUUUUAUCGUCAUAAAUUAUAGCCUAUAUGUUAUUCUGGGUUAUAAACAGUAAUACUGUAAAGUUUCAUCAAAAUCCGUUCUGUAGUUUUUGCGUGAAAGAGUAACAAACAUCCAGACAUCCAAACAUUUGCAUUUAUAAUAUUAGUAGGAUAGUAGAUAGUAUGGACUUAUAGAACCUAUUUAAGUAAUACUUUUUCAUAUUAUUAUUAUACUAGAAGCGCAGUGUAAAAUGUCCAAGGAUAUUUAUUAUGAUUAUAAGAGGUGAUAUUAAUAUUAACUUACUUUUGGUCCUUUAUUUUUUACAGACUAAUAUAAAAAUCCAUCGUAGUAAUACUUAUCAAAUUCGUGUAAUUUUUUCUUAACAUAUUACUUCUAUGUUAAUAUUAAUUUAUUGUAUUUACCAAUAUUAUUUAUACAUUUUAUAACGGGUGUAAAAAAACCUAUCCCGAAGCCGAAUACUACUUAUUCUCCACAUCAUGGGGAUCAUUUUUUUCUUUGGGACCAUACCUGGGAAACUUGUGGUUUAGGAGAUAUUGAAGGUCAAAGUCAGAAUAUUUUUUUCAAGAUUUUUACAUUAUCAAUUUCAAUUCGUUGUUUAAAAUUUUUUUUUCUAAGAAACCUUAUUAAAAUUUUGAGUAUUUUCGUCACAAUAAGGCUUUUGUCUUUACAAUAAGAAAUGGACAGCAGCGCGCGCACACACGCUCAAGCGCUGCCCCCACGCCCCGAACCGCAACCCGCGCUCGCCCAUGAGUCAUUCAACUCUACUGUGAGUUCAACGACUACGACUGGACCAACUGAACUGAGCUUAAUCCAAAUCUACCUAGUUUGUAAAAAUGAAAUGAGUACUUAAAUUAGUUACUUACACCUUAAUAUCACCUUACCAGUUUAGUUUUUAUUCUAAAAAAUAAUAAAUUACAUUUUAAUUAAUAAAAACCCUUUACACGAA